CUUAUUCCUAUCCCAUUGCAACCUUGUCCAGAACCAUGAAUCCCUACACAAAUAACAUUCUGGAAUAUAAAAACGCCCAUGGCAAAAUCAUCAUCGUGUACGACAACGACGAGCGCUUGGCCAGCCAGGCAGCCACCACCAUGUGUGAGAGGGGCUUUGAGAACCUCUUCAUGUUGUCUGGGGGCCGCCUCAGCCGGGGGCUCUCGGCCCAGCCUGCACAGCUCUCCCCGCAGCCUGGCCUCCCUCAGCAGCCGCUCCCACAGCAGGACCAGCGUCCAGAACAGGCCCUGGAAAUAAAGCAGAGCCCAGCCUGGGGAAUGCAGAGCAGUGCAGUGCAGCCCCUUGGUGGUUUUAGGCAUCGGCAGGGAAAAGCAGCCCUGGUGAGACCUGGCAGCUCGGGUGACCUGAAGGAGAGUAACUGGAUUUUCUUUUCCCAAUGA